AUGCCCGCCGAUAAACAAACCCGGCCGAACACCUCGAAACCACUCACUCCCGCCCUCAGCGCAAAUUUCCGCACGGCCAAGAGCCCAUUGACACCGAGGGUGGUGGGUUCUGCCUCGUCGUCCCCGAACUUGACCUCUCGCAGAGAGCCUUUCGUCAGGUCAAAAUCACCCCCCAAGCCCGAUCAGACCACAACACCCUUAAACGGAAACAUCACUCCUCGGUCGGGUGCAAGGAAAUCACGAGUCGGCACAGAGUCUCCUUUGACUCCGGCACAGGCGAGAGGAACAGGCAAUGGCCAGAGGCCAAGAGCGUCGUCGGGCAAUGAGGCAUCGAAACCCACUAGGGGUGCAAUGCGAGGUCUCGGCCUCACCAGCCCACGGCUUGCUGCAAGUACAGGUGCUCUGCCAAAAGCAAACACGUCGGGUUCUACGUCUGCUGGGGGAGUCCAUCGAAGGUUGUCCGCCGCAAAGAGCAUGAUAGAGGGCGACAAAGAUAUCGCGUCAAAGUUCUUUCACGCAGACGAGGUCAAGCCCGUCGUCGGAUCCCCAGACGCUGACGAGGGUCACCGAUUCCCACCAAAGCCAGGACACUUCUUCGUCGGUUCCCCCCCGCUAACCAGGGAAAACUCAAGUGGAAAGGAGAACCUCGACGAUAAGUUCUUCAGGGCAAAUGAUUUGACACCACAUGGACCAGCUCGACGUAACGUCCUUCCUCACAUCUCAACAGAGAGAUUGACCAGUCCGGCCGUUACAACAGCUCCACACGGUUUUCGAAACACUCCGCCUCAAUCGCCAAACAAGGUUCACAGAGGCGUCCCUCUAGAACUCCCGUCACCCCGAAAACCACAACCUGGCCAGUCGCCCUCUCCGCCAGGGCCUCGAACGACUGCCCAACGCCCUAAAAGCAGCUCAGGCAGUACGACAAUAUCUCAGCCUACACCAAAAGGUCAUCGAAAGUCAAUCAGCGCCAGCUCCAUUGGUUCGCCAGCUCUCAGGAGAUUGAGCAAUACCAGAGCACAAGCACCCCAACCAUUAGAUCUCCACCCUACUCCUUCAGUGUCACCCCGGAUCCACGGGAAUAACCUUCUGUCUCCGGAAACAUUGAGUCCCAGGUCUAUCAGCCUCGCAUCGACGAACACUGUCCCCACCUCUGUCCUAAGCGACAUUGAAUUUCCAGAAGCCACAAAGACGCUUGGUGCAUCCGCGCCGAGUUUAGACCCAAAAACAGACCAAGCAACGACGAGCGUCCCGUCUCAGUUGGAUCAAGCUGCUAAUGCCCGCCGGGAACGCAAAGUUCUCGACUUGGAAAUCUCCAACUCAUCGUUACUGGCCAUCAAUAAAACCUUGGAACGUGAACUCCGCAAGCAGACCGGAGAAUUGAGAAGGUAUCGUCGACUGUCACGUUCAGGGAGAUUAUCGCUUGCGCCGACAACACGGACAACCUCUGAACAGUCUAAUUUCACGCUCGAUACGGUCACGGAGUUUGACGAUGAAGAUCGUCAAUUCUCAGACAACGAUGAUAGUGAUCUAGACGAUCUCGAUGAUGAGGACGGGUCUAUGCUAUCCAAUGAGUCAGGCUCCAUGCUAAGCCCUUCCAUUCAAUCACGCCAGCGCGCGAGAGACGAGAAGCGACUGAUGCAAGAUCUUUCGCGCCAUCAACAACUCCUUAUUGAUUUCCAGAAACUCAGCCAAAGCAUCAAACGAUGUCUCACCUGUUCGGAAGAGCUGAUCCGAGAAGGAAACAAGGCUUUAGAUUACAGAGUGGGAAUAGGGGAUGUGAAGCUUGGAGGGAGAGUUUUGAACGAUGACGAACUGGAUGAACGGGGUUUGGUGAACGGGGUGGAAGAACAGGAGGCAAGACAAGGGCUAUUGAGUCCCAGCAUCACCAAGGCGAACUUGGACGAGGCUCAACUUUGGGAAGCCGAGUCGCCUCCUCCAACAAUAACUGCCAGCGAAGUGACAGCGAUGCCUUCGUUGGACGAAUUAUCGGAUAUAUUGAAUUCUGUCAGCGCGCAGCUGGGGGAGACCUCCAGCUAG